CCUACGGUCUGACUGAUUGACUGACGGGUCUACCGAAUCUUGUAGCUUUCUGGCAGUACAGCUAUUAAUAUCUACCUUAUUAGGAGAGCCUGUCAACGCGAACAGUCCGAAGUCACUUCUCAACUUCAGCUUUCACGAUGCCAGUCGGAUCUCCUAUCCAACGGCUACCUGACGACCUGCUUUCUCGGGUCCUGCAUUUUCUUGUUCGACCCGAUGGCCAGCUGCAGCACUCGCUCGUCUGCAAGCAAUGGCAUCGCAUCGCGUAUCGAGUGCAGGACAAGAUCUACUUGCGCAGCGACCUCCGUAUGGAUCCGCUUCGCCUCCUUCAGCUUAUAUCGUCGUUCGGAAAGGUCAAAGAGCUCGUCCUUCCCUCUGGCAGCCUCAUCUCCCUCUCUGAUUCCUUCUUCUCUCGCCUCGUCGACAUGUGUCCCCACAUGACGAAGCUUCAUGUUGACUCGAUGACACGUGGAUCCGCUCGCGGAGGUGUAACUGAGACGAGCCUUCUUUCCUUGGUGGAGAGGUGCACUCGGCUGGAGGAUCUUUAUCUGCAUUUAACCGAGCGUGCUGCCAUUCCUCCCUCCAUUAACCGCCUCCAUUCUCUCAAGAAACUGCACCUCUGGGCAAGCAUCACGCGUCUUCCCGACACCUUGACCUCGCUACGGUCCCUAAGAAGCCUCGUGCUGAACACGUUCAGGCUCCAGGCUUUGCCUCCAGAUUUCGGCGAUCUGGUUUACCUAGAGUCGCUGCAGCUGCACUGUCACUCUCUGACAUUACUGCCAGAAUCCGUCGGACAGCUUGCCAGCCUGAACCGUCUAUCCAUCAGUUCGUGCGCAACGUUGCAGCUGCCUCGCUCCCUUACCGACCUUUCUUCUCUCGUCGUCCUGGAGGUUCGACGGUCCAGAAUCCUUCUCCCACCGCUCGUCAAUCUCGGUCAUCUGCAGGCGCUUGAAACCCUGCAUUUGGAUGAGACAUCGGGAAUGCAACAGCUGCUAGACGCUCUCGAGCACCUGCAGCAGCUGAAGGCAAUCACCAUCAGGGGCUGCAGAGACAUCACGGCUCUGCCCGAAUCCCUUCCGCGUCUGCCUUAUCUCACCAGCCUCAACCUCGACAUGCAAGAACUUCCAGAGCUGCCCGAAGAUUUUGGGCAGUUAUCAGAGCUUCGGGCUCUCACGCUGAAGUUCUUGAGUUUCUCAAGCCUUCCUGACUCCAUCGCUCUGGUCACUAAGCUCCAGGAGCUUUUGCUCGAUCAUCUCCCGAACCUGACAUCUCUGCCCGAGGAGUUUGGGCAGCUGAUUGCUCUGGAAACGCUGUGCCUGAGAAGCCUUCCAGAGCUCACACACCUGCCCGAAUCCUUCGGGCAAUUGACAGUUCUCAGGGAGCUGACAAUGAUUGAGUGCAGGCAGCUGCAGCAACUCCCGGACUCCCUAUCCCAGCUGUCAGCUCUCGAGCACCUGGAGGUUGACAUUUGUCCGAGGCUCACUGCGCUGCCAGACGGCAUGGGGAACGGCCUGCAGAGUCUGCGCCAUCUGCAUCUGCUGCACUGCACGGCUCUCACUCACCUCCCUCCAACCUUCUCCGGUCUGACGUCCCUCGAGACCCUUAAGAUUCUGCAAGCACGGCGCUUCAGAGGCGCCCUGCUAGACGGAUUCGGCAGCUUGAAGAGCCUCAAGGACUUGUCUCUCCGUGACAUGCCGCGUCUGGCUGCCCUUCCUGCCUCCUUCUAUGGCGUUUUCGCACUCACCAGCUUGGAGCUGGUAAACUGCCCGAGAAUAACGGACCUGCCUGAGGGGAUCGGACUGCUGCAGGCGCUCGAGGAGGUCAGGAUCUCACGGAUGGACGGCCUGAAACGUCUCCCUCCGUCGCUGGUUGAGCACUCCCGUCUGCGGGUGCUGGAGGUGCGGGCGUGUGAUGGGCUCUGUACAUUGCUAGGUGAUGAGGUUGUGCGGAUCCGUCCUGUCAGGGGAUCUUCGGCCGGCACCACCGGCACCACCGGCACCAGCGUCCUGCUCCCAUCCGUCCAGAGCAUCAAGCUCAAGGCUCUUAAUUUUGAGUCUUUUGGUCCGUCGCUUGGCCGUCUGUCCUCCCUAACGCAGCUGAAGCUCAUUGACAUGUACGACCUCUCAUCGCUCCCUGAUUCCGUCGCGCAACUGUCGCAACUGCAAAGGCUCCGGCUCUAUCGGAAUAUGAAGAUAGAAGCCCUGCCGGAAACCCUUGGAGGACUCUCUGGGCUGCGGGUGUUGCAGUUGCUUGGCCUCAUCGCAAUGCGUGAGCUGCCCGAGUCUUUCGGGCAGCUGAAGAUGCUCGAGACGCUGGAAAUUAUUGAUUGCUUCAAGCUGAUGCGCCUUCCAGAGUCCUUCACGAGCCUGUCCAAUCUGAAGUCUUGCACUCUCAUCAAGCUCGGAAUUCCUUCCAUUCCUGAAGGCUUCUGGAAGCUUUCUUCGCUCAAGGAACUGGUGCUCCUGGGACUGAAGCGUGUCCGGCGCUUGCCCCAGUCAUUCACUCAGCUGCAUCAGCUGCAGGUGCUGGAUGUGAGCGCCUGCAAGCAGCUGGUUCGGUUGCCGUCUCUCCGGGGAAUGCCGAUGCUGCGUGAUUGCUCGGUCACCGAAUGCCCUUUGCUCUCACGGCGAGCCAGGCGGGGGAUUCCGGGAAGGGGAGGUGUGGAGGAGGGAGAGGAGGGAGAGGGAGCUGAAGAGGAGGAUGAUGAGGAAGAGGAGGGGGAAGAGGGAGGGGAAGAGGGAGUAGAAGAGGGGGGGGAUGGGGACGAGAGUGGGGGGGAGGAUGAUGACAUAGAGCACGAGUUUGGCAUGGAGAGCCACAGCGACAGGGAUGACGAGGGAGGCUGGGGUGGAAAUGAGGGCGAAGAGGAAGAUUAAGCUGCUGGAACUUUGGACCAAUGGGGAAGAGGCAUGAUUGGAAGGUGAUUGGGAGUUCGGGUUCUUCACCUUGUGCAGAAUGGGUUGUCGUGUUCAUGUAGAUGCAACGGUUGAUUUGUUUUGCGCUUGUUUUCCAAGACAACUCGCAGAAUUGUGUCCGUGUGUGCACGUGUGCUAAAAAUAUGCCCUUCUGUUUGUACUCAUGCAACCCCAUUCUGUGCCGCCCUCUUCUUGCUAGGGGCGUUGCCUGUCAUACAUAUAUUGUAUGUUAUAGGCUAUAUAGGGUUGUGCCUUAGGGAGUACAACCCAUUAGGUUAUAUUCCCUUGUAUGUCAUUGUUCUAGUCA